AUGGCGUAUUUUGUAAUACUUUCUUUGCUCGCUGUUGUAUUAGCCUUCGACACUGAUAGACGCUGCUUGCUCCAUGCCGGAAGAUGUGUAUCCCACUGCCCUAGGAACAUGUACCCUUAUCACACGAAGUGCGACGGACAGACGAUAUCACAAAGGACCUGUGAUAGGCCCAAUGUUUACGUCCUGGGAUAUACUUGCGGCUGGUCACGUUGUGAUUGCGGUGGCGACGAUGUUCUCGACGAACAGACAAACACUUGUAUGAAAUUACAUGACUGCCCGAUUUAUCCUACCAAACUGCCGAGAUCAAAUUCUGUUACCGAACGCCGCCGUAGCGGACAAAACCGUUAUCGCGUGUCGAAGAGAAUCAAGAUACCUAAAGAGGAUAUUGAUGAAUUGCCAUAA